AGCUGUGAAAAGAAAACACAUGCAGAAUUAGGCUUCGUUUUACAACAAAAAAAAAAUUGAGUAAUGAAUUGACUUGUUUCAUUACUUAAGGAUUUUAUUACAUGUAAGUAGAUCAGAGGUGUAGCAUUAUGUUCCGGAUGCCACUCGCAUAGAGGAGCUAAAGGUCUCCGAAACAAACAAGAUUUUCCAGAAUUGUUUUUUUUAUUUUCUGACAAAGUUAUAUUUUAAUUCACAUUGUCAUAUUUCGUUUCUGAUCCAUGAUCUGGUUUUUAAAGCACCAAUACGCCAUUUAAUUUUGCAGGGGACGUGCUCAGGCCAUAUCUGAUGUAAUCACCAAUCUAGAUAGAAUGUCAUAAGUUAGUCACAAACUGACUUUGUGAUUCUUAAAAUAUAAUCGGGAUUAUAGUCUAAAUCUUAAGCUUUAAUAUUAUUUGCAAAUUUUUACAAUUAAUAAUGCAAAGAACAGUGCAUGAGUUAGUUGCUCUAGCAAACAGCAUUUAAGCUGUAUACAGAUAAAGAAAGCAUGAUGCCAACAGAUAAAGGAACCAAGAUGAGAGGAACAAAAGGCCGUUUGAACUAUGAAGUAACCUACCGAAAUAAGGAGGCGCAGGAAAACUCAGCUAGUUCUUGUACGAAAAACCCAGGACAUGAAGGAUUUAUUUUUGCUGAGAACUUCAGUAUAGAGUCAUUGCCUGAGUCUUUUAGAACUCCAAAAAUGUAUGAACUGUGUCGAUGCCUGAUUAACUUGACUUGUAUGAUUGAAGUCUUUGCCACUAGCAAGAAUCGAUCAGCUUCAGACAACUUUAAAGAUCAGCUUGGUGCAAGAAUUGGAAGCGGGAGUGUUUAUAUCCCCCUUAAAUAUACUCAUAAAGGUGGACACUGCCCAUGCCCAGAAUGUAAAGAUCCAAAGAACGCUGGAAGAGAGUUUUAUGAGGUGUACGUCACCACUGCCCAUCACGUCGUCUUUGACAACUACGAAGCAAGACGAACGUACGUCAAGCUACACUUCGAUAGUGAGGACAUCACAAAUUCUACAGUGACACUUCCAGGUUACAGAAUCGUCAACUACAAUGCUGAGGCGGACAGGACUAUAUUGAGCUGCAUCACCCAUGACAUAAGAAUAGUUGAGAAGAUCCAAAAGCUAAGAGAUUCCGCAAAAGAGUUUGAGGAAUACUUUUGUAGUCAUCCUUUAGAAACAAACCCGAGCUACAACCUGACUGUCAUUGUGGGGCAUCCGCAUAGGUGGCCUAAAACUAUCAGCUUCGGCUCCUGCAUCCAGGUUCAAAGUAUUAAUAGCGAUGAAAGCAACAAAGGUACUGUCUGGACUGAGUACAAGUACAAUGCCCCAACCUGCCCUGGGAGUUCCGGAGCUCUUGUCUGGAUCUACGGUAAAAAACGAGUGGGCUAUCGUGACAGCGACAUUACGACACAUACCCAUUGUGGAUCCGAGGAUGGCAUGAACAAAAGUGGGUUGGGUUUAGAGUUUAAGACUCCAUGAGAUUAUCUGAGAUAAAUAUCUUGAUCAACAGUCAAAUGGCCAUUACUUUUUGGAUGUAAAAAAAGAAGCCAUUUUUAAACUGGCGACACUUGAGUGUCCCUUAAGAUAACGUAGUGUACGUGAGAACCAAGUCAAUGUAUGUUUAAUGUUAGGAAAUCUAAAACAUUAGGUAUAGUUGCAAAUAUCCGUAUGUCGAGAAUGCACUAUAGAUAUGGUCUACAAAAAAUAAUCUAUUCCAUGUAAGACUUAAUGUUGUUACUUAAAGUAACUCGUCUAUGGAGCGCAUGAUGGCAUGACUUACAUACCGAAGGGGGCUUACGUUUCGACUCCCUAAACACUCAUUUUAAUGUCGUUGUUUUUCUCCUUCAUAGCACGUGCAAGCUUGUGCUUUAAAUUACUUUUUAAAGUUCACCAAAUUUGUUUCCUUUAUGAAAGUUAAAUAAUUUGUUAAAAAUAUGCGAAAUAAAUUUGAUUACACACACAAAAUACUGUCAUUGUCAUUAAUUACUUCUCAUAAUCAUAAACGGAGCCUGUUUAGUUAAUGAAUAUUACUAUUUUUAGCAGCUCCCGAAAGGGGAAAAAACGCUAUUAGUUUUGUUUGAUCUGUCUGUCCGUCCAUACGUCCGUCCGUCCGUCCAGUUUAGAUCUCAGAAACUAGAAGAGAACAUGAAAAUCGGAAUCAUGAUAUUUUAGAUCAUUCAAAGUUCUUGUACUUUUUUUCCAAAUUGAAACCAUCAAUUUUUUUAAAUUAUCUAUUCAAGUAGAUUUUUUUUUUAAAUACACCACUUUAAAAGAUCAUAGACUUCUUCAUUAAUAAAACAAGAUUUAUUCAAAGAAUCGCGCAUUGUACAAAACAUUUGCAUCUAAGGUCACAAUAAAAAAAGUAUCAAUGGAUCAUUAUAAAAUAUAUUUUUUAUUUAUUAAUGAAAUCAUGAUUCAUAUUUAAAAAAAAAAAUUAAAUACUAACUUCGUUUAAGUUUCAUGUUUAAAAAAAAAACGAAAAAACUUUCAUAGAGCAUAGUAUGACAUAUCUUUAUUAUAGGCCUACACUUAACAACAAUCUACAUUAGGUUCAAUAGAGGCCAGAAUUUUGAAAUUAAAACGUAAAGUCAUACGAAUUCUAUUCUAGAUCUAGAUGUUUAAAUGACAAAGCACAAAGUUAUAUCAUUUCUGUCUUAAAAUAUAACAAAGGAAAUCUGUUCAGGUGAUUUUUUGUCUGUUUCUAAUUUCCAAAUGUCAUAAACAGUGGGAUUUUAUAAUAGAAUUGACACUUAUUUUACAUUUGAGUAAAAAUCAAUAGUAGUAGGUAAUCAGUUCACUUUAUUUGUUCAACAAAAGAACUAAAUAGCAAUAGUGUUUAUUUGAACAUAUUUGAAGAAAGUUGAUGGGGAAGGGAUGACACCCUGAGCUACCGCACUAUAUGAGCUCUAUAUACUGUGAAUAGUUAUGAAUUCACUAACAAUGAACUUGAGCUAUAGCAGUUGAGUAAAUUUAACUUUAGGCUUAAUUUGUCAACACAAGGCAGGCAACUCCUCUAGUGAUUCCAUUCAACUUUUUCUUUACUUACCUAUCUUGCCUGCAACAGCACUAAAUCAAGAAUUAACCCAAGGAGUUGAAGGGAAAUGCUAAAACUUGAAAACAAACCCCAGAGAUUUGAAUACUUCCCAGGAAACUUUGCAGUCUCUUGUGUGCCUCCUUGAAGAUUUUAAAACAUAUUUCUUGAGACAUUAUUAAAAAAAUGAUUUGAUUUUUAAUUAUUUAGAUAAUUAUUUACUUUGAUUUAGUGAAUGUCAGUUUCUUUUCUUGAGGCUGCAUGUUCAUUGUAUUCAAUUUGAGACUGAGUCCAGCCAUGUGAAAUAUUUUUCACUUUCUUUAAGUCAUCAUAAAUUGUAUUUUUCCAAAGUCCACGAACAUCAUUGUACAUUGAAAGUGAAACCUACUAAUCAUCUUUUGUUGCAUACAACUGUUGACAGUUGCGCUCAUGCUUUUUGUUUUUAAUGGCUUUUUAUUUUAUUUAUAUUUUGUUAAAAUGACAUUUACAGCUAAGUAGGGCUGUGUGCCACGAUGAUUGGUAACAAGAUGUGUAAAUAACACAACUAUAAACAUUUUUUUUUACUUUUUCUUUUUUUAAAUAAUUAUUAAAGUUUUUGUAGUAUCCAUCCAGGUGAUGGUUUCACACCAGCAACUAAAUGUUUUAAUGUUAUUUGUGAUUUUACCAUCACAAAAUAGAUAUAAGACACCGAUUGCAAAGACAAACAGACACAAACACUCUUUUGUUACCCUGACAAUCAAAUAAUUAAAUAGCAAAAAUUUGAUAUAAACUUGUCACAUGUAAAUUAUGAGUGAGUGGUUUGAUUUCUUAUAGUUAUAAUGCUUUUUGUUUGGUGUAAUGCACAAAUUGUAAGACAAAUUUUUAUACGGACAAUAUACGGAUAAUAUUAUUAUUAUUAUUAUUUCUUCAUCUUUACUUAAGCAAAAGUGCAUUAUGUUUUAGAGAAACAAAAAGUCGCCAAUGACAAAUUCACAUGACAAUAAUGUAUUUAACCAAUGAAGAAUGAACUAUCAGUGUGUUAAAUAAGAACUAUGUUAAUUUUAUAUGUCUGUGUAUCACUGUCCAUUUCUUAAAUCCCUUUUUAUACAAAACAGUCACAUAUUGGUAACAAAUAUAAUGUCAGUUCUGACUUAGUCUUGAUCUGUUCCUAAAGUGGACUUAGUUUUAUAGCUUCAUUCGAACAUGUGCUUAUGCUAAGUAGAAAAAUAAGCAUGUGCUUAUCUUGUGGCGACUCUAUCCAACCCAAUGAAAGAUAAUUUACUGCAUGCUAGAGACCUUUUUCUCUUGGCUGACAUUUGUUGUACAUUACUCGUUAACUGCAACAUUGGCAUUUAAACAUUUAUGUAUUAACAUUUUUUGUUUAAUAAAAUAAAAGAAACGUAUUUUAAAAGGUUUAA